UCCCCGCCAAUGAAAAUGCACAAAAGCGUGAAGGGGAGAGAGGCAGAGUAAGGACUCCGUGAGAUACAAAGAGGGAGCCAAAUCCCACACAGACAGACACAACACCAGUUUGGGCGAGCAGAAAGGGCUGUCACAUUUCCCUCUCACCUGCAAACGUGAUUGAGUGAUUGUGGGUGUUUGUAUCAGUGGGUGUGUGUGUCAUGCAUGACACUCUCAUACUGUCCACGGGUAUGCUGACUCCACUUUCGUGGAAUUAAUUACGAGCGUGUAAUCUUGGCUCGUGCAACAUCACGCACACUCAAAACCGUGCAGCACAGCAUCCAGAGCGCAGCAGGCAUCCAAGUAUCUCAGAGAAGACCAGUCUCUGUCAUUGCCUUCUGAGAGAGAACAAGUGACUCGUACACCUUCCCACAGUUUUUUGCUGGGAACUCUUUACAAGCACUGGACGCAUUUUCUCACUGUUUUCCACCUCGAUCUCUAUGGAACAGGUGUUUUGCGCAGAAAUAUCUAUUUUAUUCCUGAUCUGCCUUCAAAAGACUUUUGACCAGUCCAAGACAUCGAUCGUCAACUCUAUCUAAAGUCAUCAACGCCAAGAAGUAAGAUGGAUAACAGUCCUGGUGGAGGAGUCAUCCUGUAUGCAGGAUCCUCUGGCAGUUCAAGCCCAAGCCCUGGUAGCCCCUCUAGUGGGUACCAGACACAGUCACCUUCAUCAUCACACUCCCAGCCUUCGUCUCCAGAGGAGGUUACUUUCACUGAAAUUGGGGCACUGAAGAAGGGGAGGACAGGUCGGUGCAACACUCCAUCCUCCAAACUGGUGUUCCAGUUCCCAGAUGUCUACAACAGCCCCUCAGGAGCAGCUACUCCACAGCAUUCCUAUGCACACCCCUUCGCAGGAAAGAGGCCCUGCGGGUUUGCCGGAGCUUUCACCAAAACAGGUGGAAUGGUCCUUCUUUGCAAAGUUUGUGGUGACAUCGCAUCUGGAUUCCACUAUGGAGUGCAUGCAUGCGAGGGCUGCAAGGGUUUUUUCCGCCGUAGCAUCCAGCAGAACAUCAACUACAAGAUGUGCGUCAAGAAUGAAAACUGUCUGAUUAUGCGCAUGAACCGUAACCGGUGCCAGCACUGCCGUUUCAAGAAAUGCCUCGCCGUUGGAAUGUCAAGAGACGCCGUGCGUUUUGGCCGUAUCCCAAAGAGAGAAAAACAGAGGCUUCUUGAAGAGAUGCAGAGCUACAUGAACAGUCUAAAUGAGUCGGGCGCCAUGGAGGUGGACCCUUCACCACGGGAUAAUCUCAUCAGCACAGAUGAUUGUAACUCAAAAGAGGCCAUCGGGGCCAUUUCCAGAGCCUACCGUGACAUCUUCACCAGCAACAGCAGCAACCACGAACGAUCAUCCAGCAGGGCCAACAUCACCAACAACAACAACAACAACACGUUGCCGUUUUCUCAGGAUGCUAGUUUUCUUCAAGUGUCAUCUCACCCCAGUCUUGCCCAGAGUUAUCAGUCUUGCCCUGUUGCCCCUGCUACAGUAUGCCCUGUUGCCUCUAAUCACAACCAGCAUUCAUUUCCCAAUGUGGACAACAAUCACUAUUCCCAUUCAGUAUCAACAAAUCAGAAUCAUAACCAGUCAAAUGCUGCAACAUCUCAAAGGAGCACCUCUGCCAACCAUAACAAUGGAGGUGUCCAAAACCAGUCAACUUGCCCAUGGAAAUUAGCACCAGGUGCUAAAGUGCUGGCCUGUCCUCUUAAUGCAUGCCCUGUGUCAGGGUCAGAACGCUCAAGUCAAGAAAUAUGGGAGUCCUUCUCUCAGUGUUUCACCCCUGCUGUCAAGGAGGUGGUAGAGUUUGCCAAGGGCAUCCCUGGAUUCCUAGAGCUAAGCCAGCAAGACCAAGUCAUGUUGCUAAAAUCCGGCACCUUCCAGGUUCUUAUGGUAAGGUUUUGUAGCUUGUUCAAUGCGGCGGAACGUACAGUGACCUUCUUGAACGGCCAAACGUACCCUCUGUCUACUUUGCGGGCCUUGGGCAUGGGCUCGCUGUUGGAUGCAAUGUUUGAAUUUAGCGACAAGUUGGGAUCCCUGGGGCUAGAGCCAGACGAGAUGGCCCUCUUCAUGGCUGUUGUGCUAGUAUCUGCAGACCGCUCUGGCAUCUCGGACAUGGGAGCUGUGGAGCAGCUACAGGAGGGUCUCAUCCGUGCCCUUCGGUCACUGAUCACACGCCGCCGCCCAGAUGACUCAGCACUCUUCCCCAAACUGCUUUUGCGCCUGCCAGACCUGAGAACCCUCAACAAUCUGCACUCUGAGAAACUUUUGGCCUUUCGCAUUGACCCAUGAGCGGGCACCUGCAGAAACUUUUUUAUUAGAGAGAAAAAAAUGUUGAGAAACUGGUUUUGAAUGAAAUGAAAGUAUGUAUAGAAAUAGACACAACUUUGAUCUUCAACGGGCAGGGCUUCCUUUAAAAUUGAUGAUCGAGGACUUAUGCAAUCUGUGUAGUGUUUUUGAUGAAGAUGAAUGACAGCUGUGAACAAAUUCUUUACUCACAUUUGAUCUUCAUAUGAAAUGUAAAAUUACAAACAAAACAAGCUCAUGUACAUACAUAAACCUAAACACCUCAUCAGCCAAAUUGUUACAGGAUAGGAAAUUGAAAAAAAAAGAUGAAUGAAUGAAUAGUAGUAGUGUUAUUAUUGCCAAUGUGGACUGAUCAUUUGCUCCUUUGCUCAUUACACACACUGUAAUUAAGAAUCAAAGCCAGCUCACUUCUGUGUAUUUCAUCAGUUGUACAUCAUUAGGCCGUUACUAAGCAGCGGAUGAAGGAUGACUACUGUAGCUCAAAAAACUUAAUAUUUUGGGACCAUUGGUGAUAUUUGCCUGUGUCUUUUAGUUUGUAAUUAAGAGAAAGGGAACGUGUAUAUAUAUAAAUGCAUAGUAAAACCUGAAAUUAUUAUAGCACAUUGUGUAUCACUGUUUCACGAACAUGCCGUCUACAUUAGUACAGGAACAACAGCACAGUUUAAUGUCUCACUCGUAAAACAACAGGAUGUUUUAUAAACAUUUUUUUAUGAAUCUUCCAGAAAUAAUCAGAAACACCUAUAUUACAAUUUCAUGAACCCAUGGGAUUUUACAUAAUUGGUUUCUAAAUACAUUUUGUCUGUGUCACUGUAUUGUAUCUCUCCUGGACUGAGGGAGAUGCUCCAUGCAAACUGAAGUAUAUUUGUUUAUAAUUGUUGCUGUAAAUAUCAUGUUACCCAAAUAUCAAUGUAUUAUUUGCUAAAGAGAUUUAAUGGUUCUGACAUACUUUAAGAGUUUGGUGUAAAGAAUGUACUGGCCUUCAUAUGAAGGGGUCUGGCUAUGCCACGGAGGCUUUGCACGGAAUACUGUACAGUAGAGAUUCUCAGAUGGUUUUGGGACACUUCCUGAUAUAAGAUAAUGUAACCAACCAGCAUAAUCCAUGAAAAUCACCAGCACUCACUCCACAUGCACCUUUCCUCCGGCCCCAAUGUUUGUCAUACAAACACGAGGUAUAUAUUUCUGUGAGAGAUCUAAUUUUCAUUGGCUCUCUCACGUUUACUGUGUUUGAUUAUGGCUGAUUGAACAUAUGUUGUACAUUUUGUAAUUCUCUUUCUUCCUAAAUAGAAAUGAUGCAAUUAUAUAAAGUUCAAACAAUGUA